CUCUAUUUUUCAUCAGAGCAGACAUAGCUCGGGUCAGGUCAGUGCCAGCUCCCUCCAUACUGGGACACUCCCUCCAUACUGGGACAACUCUAGGCUCGAUCCACUCCUUCCUGAUGAUGCUAGUCAGAAGAGAACGCAUUUGAGAUGGGAGUAAAGGAUCCAGGUCAUGUCAUUUCAUUGGCAACAGGAACCUACUGGAGGCCCACACAAAUAUUGGAAUAUUCAUCCACUCUCUACCAAUUGCUGAGCUACUUUGAGUUGUGGUAGGGGGGGAGUCUUUCUCCAUCAUAAAACCACACCCUAAGGCAGCUGUUUUAUGCUCCCUCUGUCUCUAGAGCAGGCUGGAUAAAACCAGAGCACAGUCACCCCCAGCAAUGAGCUGAGCGAGUGCCAAUGGAAAGACACACUGGCUUUCUCUUGUGGGUUUUUAUGUAAGAAGUAACCGGAGUCUGCGUGCUUCUAACAGUCGGAGCUUGUAGUUUCCCUCACCCAUAUGAGCUUGUGGGGAGGAACCAGGGGGUGGAGCCGCAGCUCCUCCAGCUGACACAAUUUUAGACUCUGGGGUGAAGUCGCAUUAAUUCUGCCAGACGCCUGAAAGAGCAGCGGGGAAAGAGGAACUCGCAGUCGCACAAAGAGAAUUUGCCUCUGAGUGACAUUUCAGCAUGGAUGUUUGUCCCAUUGGGUCAUCUGACCUGACUGAGGCUGAAGAGGCUGAAAUAGAAACUAUCCGAAAGCACAGGAAGGAGCUGCUGGAGGACAUUCAGAAACUGAAGGAUGAGAUUGCUGAGGUCAUUGCCCAGAUAGAUGGCUUCCAGAAUGAAAGCGAGAGCAAAACAGAGCAGAAGGACAGACAUCUGAGUGCAGGCCGGAAGAAAUUCAACAUGGAUCCCACAAAGGGGAUCCACUACUUGAUUGAGCAUAAGGUGCUGUCCUCAGACUUACAGGAUAUUGCCAAGUUCCUCUACAAAGGAGAAGGCCUGAACAAGACAGCCAUUGGGGAUUACCUGGGGGAGCGGGACUCAUUGAACAUUCAGAUCCUGCAGGCUUUUGUGGAAUGCCACCAGUUUGCCAACCUGAACCUGGUGCAGGCGCUAAGGCAGUUUCUGUGGAGUUUCCGGUUGCCUGGGGAGGCCCAAAAGAUUGACCGGAUGAUGGAGGCCUUUGCCAGCUGGUACUGCCAGUGUAACCCGGGCGUUUUCCAAUCAACAGACACCUGCUAUGUGCUGUCCUUCUCCAUCAUCAUGCUGAACACCAGCCUGCACAACCCCAAUGUGAAGGACAAACCCCCCUUUGAGAGGUUUGUGUCUAUGAAUCGAGGCAUUGACAAUGGAGGGGACUUGCCUGAGAUGCUUCUUAAGAAUCUCUUUGAGAGCAUCAAGAAUGAGCCAUUUUCCAUCCCAGAAGAUGACGGGAAUGACCUCACACAUACUUUCUUUAACCCGAGCCGUGAGGGCUGGCUCCUUAAGCUGGGAGGCCGGGUGAAGACCUGGAAGCGACGUUGGUUCAUCCUGACUGAUAACUGCCUGUACUACUUCGAGUAUACUACGGACAAAGAACCUCUAGGUAUAAUCCCUCUGGAGAAUCUAUCAGUUCAGCAAGUGGAUGACCCCAAAAAGCCAAACUGCUUUGAGCUCUUCAAUCCCAACUGCAAAGGGCAAAAAAUCAAAGCCUGCAAGACAGACGGGGAUGGGAAGGUAGUGGAAGGCAAACAUCAGUCCUACAAGAUCUCUGCACCCACGCCAGAGGAGCGUAACCAGUGGAUAGAGGCAAUACGGACCAGCAUCACCCAGGAUCCCUUCUAUGACCUGGUCUCAGCCCGUAAGAAAAAGAUUGCCAGCAAACACUGAGUCGGGCUGCCAUGGGCCCACUCCUUCGUGCCCAAAACACUUAACCCUCAGGGAAGUGUCCUCUGCUGCUGGGCUUCACCAGCAGAGGUCUCUUGGAGGACAUCAGCUCCCUCAACCCCCUGAAUGACUGGAGGAUAGUUGCUGGGGGUGAGGCCAGGGCUGUGGCCUCUUUCAUCCUUCCACUCUAGGAGGCAUCCCUACUGGGCUCCCAUGCCAGCCUCUAUGCAUUAGGUAGGACAUGGUGGGGAGGUCAUCAGUUUUUUUUACAGGACUGGUGUCUGAUUUCAGCCACUGAGUGGGACUUAUACAUUUUGCUGGGGAAGUCCUGGAAAGGUUCCUUGCCCAUCAGCAUGGUCCAGGCCACCUGCACAAACUGAGGACCCAACUGUAUCUCUGAUCAAGGAGCCAAGGGCCCUGGAGAGAAGAGUGCUGGGCUGAGGAGCCCUACUGUGAACCCAGAAACUCCUGUGCAAUGGGGAGUCCUGUCUGCCCUGUCUGCCUGCCAGUUGCAGGCACCUGCUCCGUGCCCCUGAACACAGCACUGUGAGGUUUGGAGGUCUCUAUGAACAGAGAGCUUCAAGGACAAGGACAUUUGGGGCUCUCUGGUACUGUGUGACCAGGGAAACAGCUCUGGUUCUCUGCCUUCCUGAGUUCUUUCCACUCAGAGCUGGCAUACAUCAUGCCUCCAUCAGGAGGCUCAGCUUAGGGAAGAACGCUCUAUGGCAUCUUGUUACUGCAUCCCAGCCUGCAGUGCCCUGAAGUGCCCCCCAAGCCAUGUUCUUUCAGCGGCUGGGUUUUGGCAUCACAGGAGCUUGCAGAGCAUUCUCCUUCACUGCCCAUUUGUUUCACUCGUAUCCUGUGUUCAGAGAACAUGGAUCUCUUGUGUACAGAAAGCUAAAACCUCAGGGUGGAAUGAUCAUUAAAAGAUAAUUAUAAGAGCUGCA